AUGCUUCUUCGCACCCGUCCCAACGUUCCCGCACUUCCCCGCCUCACCCUCCAAAGAUCACUCGCUUCCCUCUCCUACUCCUCAUCCGCCCCCCCAUCCGCCCCCUCCUCAUCACCUCUCCGCCACCCAAGAUACGCAUACGACCUCUACUUCCACCCCCAACCCGCCUCAUCCUCCUUGUCAUCACGAAAGCCACGAACACACGCCGUCAGUUUCUUCGAGGAAGACGUGAAUGACGAGAGGGUUAUUGGAUGGGUGUUGGCAGGCGCGGGAGAGGAGGGCGGUGUGCCGGUUCUGAGGCCGGGGGGGUGGGAGGGGAGGAGGGGAUUUGAAGAUGUUUUGCAUGAGGUGUUGAAGGCGCAUGUUGGGGAGGAUCAGGGGAUACAAGGUCUAGCAGCACAUCAAAAGCUAGGGUACCUGAACAUCAACGACGAGCGUUCCCCCGCACCCUUCGGCCGAGUCAGCGACCCAGAAGACAUCCUCGGCGCCGUCCGCCUCGACAACGGCUCCAUCAUCCCAGGCUCCUAUGAACGCUUCCCCACCCAUCGCCUCGUGACCUUCAACGGCAUGUUCUUGCUGAGUACGUAUCUGCAUCAGAAGUUGUUGGAGAGGUUACGGAGGGGAUAA